AUGAUUAAUGAAAGUUUUCCAUUAAUUGGUCAUCAAGUCCCAGUUAAAAAAGGUUUUAGAGAUGGAAGUUUAUAUAAUAUUAUUGUUUUAGGUAUUUCGUUUUGUGUAUUAUUUACUGCUUUUUCACCAACUCAGAAUUUACAAACUACACUUAACAAAUCAGUAGGCUCAUAUUCAUUAUCAAUCUUAUAUGCAUUUUUAUCAGUAUCAAAUUUUAUAUCACCAUUUGUAAUCAAUUCAUUAGGAGAAAGAUUAUCAUUGAUUGUUGGUGCUUUAGCUUAUUCAGUUUAUAUUGCAGCAAAUAUUAAAAUUUUAGAACCAACUCUUUUUAUUGCAGCAGGUGUUUUGGGUGUUGGAGGUGCUAUCCUUUGGACUGCUCAAGGUUCAUUCGUAAUUCAAUGUUCAACUGAAAGUACAAUUGGUUUUAAUACUGGUUUAUUUUUUGCAUUGUUUCAAUUAAAUCAAGUUAUUGGUAAUUUAGGUACUCAACAAUUAUUAAAAGCACAUAUUGCAAUUCAAACAUUAUUUAUUAUUAUUUUAUCGGUAUCAUUAUUUUCUCUUGUUGGUUUUGCAUUAUUAGGCAAACCAAUUAAAACAGAUGACAAGGGCGUACCAAUUCCAAAAGAGAAUGCCAACUUACCAAUGAAAGAUCGUUUAUUGGCAACUAUUAUUCUCAUUAAGGAUAGACCAAUCCAACUUUUAGUACCAGCAUUGUUAUAUAGUGGUAUCAGUCAAUCAUUCUUCUUUGGUGUGUUCCCAUCAUUAUCAGGUGCAAAUUGGCUCGGUUAUAUUAUGGCUGUAUUUGGUGCUUGUGAUGCUAUUGGUUCAGUUUUAAUUGGUAAACUCUCUGAUAUCAUUGGUAGAAAGAUUUUGGUAUUCAUUUGCACUUUAUUCUGUAUUGCUGGAAGUAUUUUAGCUUACUUUGUAAAUACACGUCUCGAUAACCAACCAGGUUAUUAUUUUAUUUGUGCUGCUCUCUUAGGUUUUGCUGAUGCCGGUUUCAACACUCAACUUUAUUCAUUAAUUGGUGCCAUUUAUCCACAAAAAGGUGAAGCUGCAGCAGGUUUCUUUAAGUUUGUCCAAUCAACUGCCACCGCUAUUGCUUUUGGUUAUGGUCCAUAUGCUAUUUUACUUGACCACAUUUGUAUCAUCAAUGGUUUGGUAGUUUUAUCUUGUGUUCUCUUUAUGUUUGCUGAUAAUUUUAGUAAACGUUCAAAUAUUGAUGAGCUCACUGUUUAGGAAAUACACAAAGUUAUAGCUUUUUUUUCUUUUUUUUCUAAUAUAAUUUUUAAAAUUUAAAAAUAAAAACAAAAAAAAAAUAAAGAAAAAAAAAAAAAACAAAACAAAACAAUCAAAUCAAAUCAAACCAAAAAAAAACAAACAAAAUCAUUUCACAUAAAUAAACAAAUAUAAUAUAUAUGUAUAAAAUAUUUCCUC